CUCUCUCUCUCUCUCUCUCGCUCUCUCUCUCUCCCCCCCCCUUUCUCUCCUACAUUCCCGCUACUAUCGCGCUGAUAUCUCGUUCGCUUCUCGAUAAAGAUUCUCGAUAAAGAUACUCGAAAGGAAAGUUUGCGCGUACUCUCGCGCGAUGCUCAAUUAAACGCAAGUACAAAGAUUCGCGAAAGCGGAAACUAUUUUUCCCGAAUCACACGAAUGUAACUUUACUCCGUCGACACGAAAAGGAACUCUGUCCAAACGCAAGGAUAACCGAUGCGUGGUUGAAAGAAACUCUACCUCAAACACUCGUACUACUUUUCUCUUUGCUCGGUCGCCACUACCACCACCGUCACCACCACCACCAUGCACGCUCAUCGAUUCCACGAUGAGCUCUCUCCGCUAGCAGACACGGUUUUUGGUCUACGCGCCUAAAGGAUCUUUGCGCGAAGAGAGAUCCAUUAGUCCGAAGAGAGAAGGAAGAAAAAAGAGGGAAGGAGAGAGAGAGAGAGAGAGAGAGAGAGAGAGAGAGAGAGAGAGAGAGAGAAGGCAUUUUAUUCUUAUUCCGAAAUCCGAAAUCCGGACGGUCUGGUGAGAUCGAAAGAGCGGAGAGGACGCGACGAGCCGAGAUAAAUGAUACACCGAGUGUCUGCCCGACGUAACGAGCGGGAUAUGUGCCGUUUCGGGACGACGACGAGGGCAACGACGACUAUUACUCGCGAGCAUCGUAGAAGCAAUGCCGCUGCCGAUGAGGGAAGUUGAGAUCGAGCCACGGCGAAUCGAUAUGCUCUUGUGGAAAUAUCGAAACACGCAUUUCGGGGGACAAAGUAACGAGGAAACGCAAACGCAAUCAUGUCGUGGGAAUCUAUCUCUUCGAGAGAUUACCUCGGCGGACCGGUGAGUCAUCAACUCUCCGCGACCGCCUUGCUGGGUAGCCCGGACGGAUCGCGACAUCCACUGGACGUGUGCGAGUUCACCGAAGAAGACUAUCGGCAUCAGAAUUCCAACGGAAACGGCCAUUACCAGAACGGCAGGUCCGGAUCUGGAUUGUGGGAAUGUUUGAUAGGUUGCAGACGUCGCUUGGAUCAGCACAUGGCUCGAAGACGGGUGGAGCAAGGCUUGAAGCUGUAUCGCGCUCACAAACAACAGGCUGCCGUUCGCAAAUGGAGGGGCGCUUUGAAGAACAUCAGGCAACGAGAAGAUAAAUUCGCUCUCCUCGGUUAUCUGUAUCAAGCCUAUAUGGAUUGGGGAAAGUACAGAGAUAGCAUCGAUUUCGGACACAAACAGCUGUGCAUAUCCGAAGAGUUGGAUUCGCCGAACAUGCGGGCAGAGGCAUAUUUGAAUCUGGCGAGGGCGCAUGAAAGGUUGGGCGCACUCGAUAGAGCCCUGGAUUAUGCGAGACACAGCUUGUACAAUGAAUGCGAUCAAUGUGCGACUGCUGGAUUGGUUCAUCUGACCGUAGGCAGAGUCCACUUGGAAUUAGCAGGAUUUUGCAAAGCUUUGGAAGCUUUUCAGAGAGCUCAUAAAAUUGCUCAUUCGAUUCAAGACCCGUCGUUGGAAUUGCAGGUAUACGUGGGUUUGUCGGAGCUAUUCUGCAGAUUACAUGACGCCGAUAAGAGCGCUAGGUACGCGGCAAGAGCGUACGACCUCUCGAGAAGUUUGCAGUUGGGCGACUUAAACUCCCGUCAUCAUAGAGCGGCCCUUCUUCAAAUGGCGGCGGCGCUCCGGAAAAAGGGAGAACUCGGUGACGCCCACGAUUAUUGUUCGGAGGCGACACGGCUGUCGCUCGUUUCCGGAGAUCAAGCUAGUUACGCCAGGAGCAUACGAAUAAUGGGAGAUAUUUAUAGGAAAAAGUCCGACAUAAACAAAGCGUUUCGACAGUACGAGAGCGCGAUGGGGUCCGCGGCAGCGACCGGAGAUCGUCUUUGUCAAAUGGAAGCUAUGGACGGUGCCGCGAGAUGUCUCGAGGCCCUUCGACUUCAACACAAGAUAUGCAAUUGUCGUCCUCUCGAAUUCAACACCAGGUUGCUCGAAGUAGCUGGAUCGGUCGGUGCGAAGUUCCUGGUACGAACCGUGAGAUCGAGGCUCUCGCGAAUUUACGGUUCUCUCGGAGACGAGGAACAGAAAGCUCAUCACGAGAGAUUAGCCACGGCGAUGGAGGAAGAUUUGGAGUUGCGAUGCGGAGGCUGCAACGAGCCUUUCGGCCUCGAUGCUGAUUCCUUGGAAGCGCUGCCAUGCUCUCACAUACUGCAUGCCAGGUGUGCAUAUGACAUCUUGAAGAGACGCGACAAAAAGAAGAAACGUCUGUGUCCCGAUUGUCACAAGUCCGUUAGUUCACGAUUGUACCUGCAUUGCGAAGAUCCUCACGGCAUGAAUACUUUGAAUCACAGUUCCUUGAGUCUGGCGUCGUUGAGAGCCAGCAGUUUAGCCACGUUGGACGACUGUCAUGCCACUAGCAGCGUUUAAACCUGCCGCGGUAUCCGUUCUAUCUACGAGAUUUAGUUUCCUUCGUGCUCGAUGACACGCGCUCUUCGAUACGACGUUCUUCGGCGAUCACCGCUAACAUUCUGCGCAAGCGUAAGCGCAAGCGCGAAUGCAAGCGCGCCCCACUCCUUUGCUCCGAACCCGUUGCGAUCAUGGGCGUAUAUACACGUUACUACUCUAUUGUAAUUUUUAAUUUUCUGGAUAUACGGGGAGGGUAUCGAGCUUGCACAGUCUGCCAAUUAAGCGAUUAGAUAUUAACGUUCUUUGACGCGUGGAUCAUCGUUUAACGUUUAAAUUAGGAUGAAAAAAUUUAAAAGAUAUUA